GAAGAAAUCGACGAAGAGUCGUAGGCUUGUUAGCUGUCUUGGAACCCAGAUAUGGCGGCUAAGGCAAUGGCGAGCUUGGGCAUGUCCUUGCUGGUAUUCUUGCUAGCUCUGGUGAUGGCUGAAGCGGAUCCGGGGGCCAAGCUAGUGAAGUGCCAAGACAAGACCUCCCCUUGUUACCAUGUGAAGCAGUAUUGUCCCGCUGGUUGCCUCAGGACUUGUGAGGUGGAUUGUGCUUCCUGCCGACCUGUUUGCACCGGGAGCAACAACAGCGACAAUGGCAGCAACAACGGCAACAACAACGUCAAUAACAACAACAAUAACGGCAACAACAACGUCAACAACAACGAUAACAAUGGCAACAACAACGGCAACAACAACGAUAACAACAACGGCAACAACAACGAUAACAACAACAACAACAACAACAACAACAAUAGCAAUGGCAACAGCAACGAUAACAAUAACAACAAUGGCAACAAUGGCAGUGGCACCCCGACACACCAGCCGCCGCCUCCAUCUACUCCGGUCCUCGUCCCUCCCCCUCCAAAUUCCCCGCCAACCGCCACGCCUCCAGGCGGUGGAUCCAUGCCGCCAAAUGCCCCACCGACCCACAUGCCUCCUCCAAGCAGCGGUUCCACCCCACCUAAUGCCCCUCCGACCACCACACCUCCUCCUACGCAGUAUCCUCCUCCACCUCCAUCGAGCGAAGUAUCGGGAGGGAAGAGAGUGAGGUGCAAGAAUAGGAAUUAUCCUCAUUGCUAUGGAUUGGAGCAAAGCUGCCCCAGUGCUUGCGCAUCUACCUGUGAGGUUGAUUGUGUGACUUGCAAGACAGUUUGCAGCUGCGACAAUCCCGGCGCGGUGUGCCAAGACCCACGCUUCAUCGGCGGCGAUGGCAUCACCUUCUACUUCCAUGGCAAGAAGAAUCGUGACUUCUGCCUCGUCUCCGACACUAACCUCCACAUCAAUGCGCACUUCAUUGGCCGCCGCAAUGCCAACAUGCACCGCGACUUCACCUGGGUCCAGUCCCUUGGUAUCCUCUUUGGCUCCCACAACCUCUUCAUCGGCGCCCUCAAGACCUCAUCUUGGGACGAUGCCAUCGACCGGCUCUCCCUCUACCUCAACGGCGCCCCCAUCACCCUCCCUCAACACGAGGGUGCCUUGUGGCACUCCAAGACCACCCCACGCAUCUCAUUCACAAGGCACCGCGACACGAACGCUAUCAAAAUCGAAGUGGAGAAGAACUUCAAGAUCAAGGCCAUGGUUGUCCCGAUCACACGGAAGGACUCAUUGAUCCACAACUACGGAAUAACCAACGAAGAUCGCUUCGCUCACUUGGACUUGAGCUUCAAGUUCUAUGCAUUGAGCAGUGACGUGAGCGGUGUCUUGGGGCAGACAUACGCGAGGAACUACGUGAGCAGGGCAAAGAUGGACGUGGCAAUGCCGGUGCUGGGAGGUGAGAGGGAGUUCGCAUCUUCAGGCCUUUUCACCACCGACUGUGCAGCAUCCCGGUUCAUCGGCCAGUUGGCGCCGAGGAACUCGACCGAGAAUUUUGAGUACGCCGAUCUUGAGUGCGCUGGCGGAGUAGAGGGCAGUGGAGUUGUCUGCAAGAGAUAA